AUGCCUGGGCUCAACGAAAUCAUCCCACGGCCCGAUUCCAGGGAACUGCUUCCGCCACUGCUGGCCUGUCUGUCGACAGCAAAUGCCUCAAAAGACGUACCCCCGGGUCUUCUACCCCUCCUAUCGCCUAUCCUCCGCCAACGCGUACAGCUUCUGUCUUCCAACGAGUGGUUGUCUCUGUUGUGCUGGGACCGAGACAUCGCGUCACGACUACCGCAAAUCAUCGAGAAGAUAAAUGUCGAACCUCACCCAGCUUCCGGGGAGAUUGAAGUGGAGGAACCAGAUCAAAUACUGUACCGACGAUCAGACCCCGAGACCUUACACGCCAAGUUGAUACUGGGUGAAUAUGGAAUCAUCCCAACAUACCUCUGGUGCACAGGUGGAGAAGGCGGAAGCCGCUGGCUAUUGGCUGAGCUGAGAGGAACAGAAGAUGCUGACGACGGCACCGAGUGGUUCGAGAACGUUCCCACUGCUGACGAGGCUGGCUUCAGGCGAAAGUCUGUGUCGGUCAAGAGCAACGGCGUCGCACCCUACCAAGCCGUGGUCCAACCCGAACCCGCUGAGGAGGAAGCAGAAGAAGAGGACGACGGUUCUUACUGGGCUGCAUACGACCAGACGCCCGGGCGAACACCACAGCCUAGGCGAUCCCCCGCGCCAGGAACCAGCGGCCGGACGCAGAUCGGACCGUCGCAGUCAGAGCUCGAGUAUUUCGAGCGCUACGCGUCGGAAGUGCAGCCCGCGCUCGAUGCGCACGACCCAGACGAAGAGGAGCCUGCAGCUGGCGAGUCGACACUCAAUGGCAACGCUCUGAGCUACACGCGCGAACCGCAGACCGAGCCCCUCGACACAACGAACCUGGGCCCGAACGGCUACGACUCGUCGAUGCCACCAGCAUACACAAGCGGUCUCCUGAACGGCAGCGGCGUUCAUGGUAACGACAGCGCGGUACAUCUCGAGUCCAUUGAGCAGGACCAAGGCGCUACCGCAAACGCCCUGAGCCACCCUCGGCCCUCUUCUUCGGCAUCGACCAACUCGGUCGAGAGGCUAGAGCGAAAGGCAGAGAACUACAGCCAGGCCGAGCUUGCGAUCAAGCAACAUAUCAGCACGGAUAUCAAGAGCCUGUUCCGGUUGGCGAGAGCAUCGGGCAUAGACAGGGAGGAGUUUGAGAGAAUUAUUCAGAGGGAGCUUGAGGUAUUGCCCAUGCUUGAGCAAGAGAUGUCAUAA